CCUUUAUGCUUAUCCUAUUUGGGGAAGUCGGAUUCUGCAGCUGCAUGUUAUUAUAAUCUAUCCUAAAUGUUUGCUUCUGACUAUCGGAAGGCAUCUGAUUGAGUCAGAAGAUGGAUAUUCCUGAAUCCUUGUUUAAAUCUCAACGAAAUAAAAGUUAAAGGUCCAACAUGGCCAAUUGCACCUCCAUGCCUGUUGAGUUCUUUGGCGACCACAACUCUUUGCUGUCCCUGGAGUCCAGUGUCUUCUUCAGUGAGGCGCCCCCCCCGGCAGGCGACGACCCUCUGGAUGUCUUCAUCAUCAAUGUGGGUGGCAGCCGCUACAUGCUGUCCCAGGAGCUGCUCUCCUCGUUCCCGGAGACCCGGCUCGGCAAGCUGGCCCGGUCCACACGCGACUCCGCCCUGGACCUGUGCGAUGACGCCGACUUCCUGGAGAAUGAGUUCUUCUUCGACAGGAACUCGCAGACUUUCCAGUACAUCAUGAACUAUUACAAGACGGGCCGGCUGCACGUGAUGGAGGAGCUGUGUGCUAUGUCCUUCUUGCAGGAGAUCGAGUACUGGGGUAUAGACGAGCUCAGUAUUGACUCUUGCUGCCGGGAAAAGUACUACCGCAGGAAAGAGAUGAAGGAGACAUUGGACAUUAGCCGGGACGCUGAGGUGAUAGAGAGCAAGGAGGAAGAUUUUUCUGGGGUGGUGUGUGAAAACCUCAGACAGAGGCUGUGGAACGUCAUGGAGAAGCCGGAUUCCUCGGCGGCAGCCAAGACAUUUGGGAUGCUGUCCAUCUUCUUCGUGGUGGUGUCCAUCGUCAGCAUGGCGCUGGUCUCCCUGGAAGUCGGCAUCCUGGCGCCCCCGCUGUUGGACGCACUGGAGUACAUCUGCAUCGUGUGGUUCACUGGGGAGCUGGCACUGCGCUUCGCCUGCGUGAGGGACAAGUGCCGAUUCAGCCGGAGCGUCAUCAACAUCAUCGACCUGCUGGCCAUCCUGCCCUUCUACGUGACGCUGGUGGUGGAGAACCUGCACGGCGGCUCCACCGAGCUGGAGAACGUGGGCCGUGUGGUGCAGGUCCUGCGACUGAUGAGGUCAUUCCGGAUGCUCAAACUGGGCCGACAUUCCACAGGCCUGAAGUCCUUGGGUAUGACCAUCGCCCAGUGCUACGAAGAGGUCGGCCUGCUCAUGCUCUUCCUGUCUGUGGGGAUCUCCAUCUUUGCCACGGUGGAGUAUGCAGUGGAGCACGACGCACCCGGUACCACCUUCACCAACGUGCCCUGCGCCUGGUGGUGGGCCACCACCUCCAUGACCACGGUGGGGUACGGGGACAUCCGGCCGGACACCACGCUGGGCAAGGUCAUCGCGUUCCUCUGCAUCCUGUCCGGCAUCCUGAUCCUGGCGCUGCCCAUCGCCAUCAUCAAUGACCGCUUCUCGGCCUGCUACUUCACGCUGAAGAUGAAAGAGGCGGCGCUGCGCCACAGCGAGGCGCUGAAGAGGCUGGCGCGGAGCUCCGCCUCUGAGAGCGCGCCGGGACUCAACCUGCGUGACGCUUAUGCCCGCAGCGUGGUGGAGAUGCUGCGCCUGCGCGGCCGCGACAGGGCCAGCACGCGCAGCAGCGGCGGCGGAGGCGAUGAAGUGUGGUGAUGGAGACGCGGCGGGGAGGGGCGGGGCGGAGCGGCGGUGCCACACGGCGGUCAAGGACACAGACACAUCCUGGUAACCGGGACACUGCAGGUGGGGCUGGCUGUUGUACCCUUGAGCGAUGUACUUAACCCAGUUUACUCCAGGAAAAAGUUCAGCUGUAUAAAUUGGUAAAAUGGAAUGUUGUA